AUGAAGUUUAUUAUUAUAUUUUUUUACGUUAAAUUAUUUAUUUUAUUAUCGUUUUCGAGUUUGUCGUCGUCAAAUGCCGAUAAAAUCCGCGACGUCGUUCCCGUUUUGUUAUGGACGAGCAAAGGUUACGACGAUCGAAUUCGUUUGAAUCGUAAUAAAAUAAUAACGAGAGAUUUAUUCGAAUCUCAUUUGAUGAAAAUCAUGUCGAUGAAAAUCGAUAUCGAACCUCGACCCCUCGUUCUCGUUUUUCUCGAACAAUUUUUAAACCCGGAAGAUUUCGAAUCGAAAACCGUUAACGGACGAGUCGAUUAUUUGAAAAAUGUCGAAUCGCCCUAUCGAGUCAUCGCGAAUUUAACAAAAUGGAAUCGAUUGAAUCACAAAUCCGAUUUAGAUUUACUAUCAUCAUCGAGCGAAUCCAUUGGAACCAAUAUAUUAUUCGAAUUCGAAAACGACAACGAAAAUGACGAUGAGGAUGAGGAUGAGGAUGAUGAUGAUGACGAUGAUGGCGGCAGAGCGAAAUCAUUGAUGAAACACGAUAAAAUAAUGGAAAAAAUUUUCUUGCAAUUAUUGAAAAAAAGAAAAAAUAAAAAAAACGUGGCAAAAGAAUGGAUUUGCAUUUACACUGGAAAAUAUUCGUUGGAUAUCCGUUCGGAAGAAAAACCGAGUCCGUGGCACGUGGAAAAAUUGUAUAAAAGAAAAAAAUUUACGUACAAUCAACCGACAUCAUCAUCAUCAUUUACACCCUUUCGAAUAUUAUCACUCUAUCAAGAUGAAUAUACGAGAUUUACCUUUUUAUUACGUAAUAAAAUUCAAUUGUUCCUUCCGGUUUUUCGAAAAGGCGGUGGCGGUAAUGGCGGCGGCGGCGGUGGUGGUGGUGAGACGUUGGUGGAUCUCGGUAAAGAAAUCGGAGUUUCAGAAAAAAGAUCUGGAAACGAAAUCAAUUUCAUUAUUCGAUUUACGAAUUACACGUUGAAUUUUUACCUAAAUAAAACGUCACAUUCCGACUGGAGAAUAGAAAAAAUAAAAUUAAUCAACGAAAAUGGCGAUUAUUUAUUUUUAACUGAAAAAUCCCAAGAUAUACGAAAUUAUUGCGAUUCUCGUCGAAUCGAAUUCAAAUGUUUUCAUUCCCAUCACGAAUUCAAUAAUAAUAAUAAUAAUAAUAAUAAUUCAAACGAUUACACCGUCAAAAUAAUCAUAUCGAAAUAUAAGUUCACGAGACGUCCGCCAUUAAACGAAGAUCAAUGCGACGUUCCAUAUAAUUUUUUCAUUAUAUUUUUCAUUAUAUUAUUUUUCAUUAUUUUCAUAUUCACCGUUUGGAAUUGGUUCGUUAACGAUUAUAAAAUCCAAUCGAAAAUCAAUUCCGUUAAAAUCUCAUCCGAAAAAUUAUAUUUAACGGAAACAGUAUCAUAA